AUGCUGCUUAUGGGAAAGUCUAGGAGAAAGGAUGUUAUGUAUGUGUUGGGUUCUCCGUUUGUGUCUGUACAGAAGUACUUUGGACUACUUGGCAGUGGUGAUAAGCAGACGGGCAGUUUGCUGCAACACCAAGGAGAGCGGCAGGGAAGCGGGAACAAAACCACCGGGGGCUUGGCUGGCUUCUUCGGAGCCGGCGGGGCAGGUUACUCGCACACGGAUUUGGCCAGAGUCCUGCUGACUGGUAUGAACCCUCUGUCUCCUUAUUUAAAUGUGGAUCCACGAUACCUGGUACAGGAUACUGAUGAGUUUAUUUUAUCCACUGGAGCUAAUAAAACCCGGGGCAGAUUUGAACUGGCCUUCUUUACCAUGGGAGGAUGUUGUAUGGCAGGGGCUGCAUUUGGAACAAUAAACAGUCUACGGCUAGGAUUGAAGGAAACCCAGAACAUGUCCUGGUCCAAACCAAGAAAUGUACAGAUUUUGAACAUGGUGACUAGGCAAGGGGCACUUUGGGCUAAUACUCUGGGUUUUCUAGCUUUGCUUUAUAGUGCAUUUGGUGUCAUCAUUGAGAAAACACGAGGUGCAGAAGAUGACCUUAACACAGUAGCAGCUGGAACCAUGACAGGCAUGUUGUAUAAAUGUACAGGUGGUCUACGAGGGGUAGCACGAGGUGGGCUAGCAGGACUAACGCUUACCAGCCUCUAUGCACUAUAUAACAACUGGGAGCACAUGAAAGGCUCCUUACUCCAACAGUCACUCUGAAGAUUUCGCCAGCUUAUGAGUGGAGGACACUUUAGUAGUCAUCCAGAUCAAUUUAUAUGUCAGUCUGGAGUUGCUCUCUCUUCCUACAAUUAGUUUGAAAAAUUGGAGAUUCCAGUUUGCUGUGGUGAAGAUCAUGUAAGGUUCUAUGCCUCCUUCUAGCCAGAGUGGAAGCCCAAACUCCUCUGGUAGCUGAGUAAUGUGGUUCUUCCCUACCCUCUGAACUGGAAAACUACUUACAGGAUUCAGGUCAUGAUUGUUGUCAGUACCGUAUCACCACAUUUAUUUAAUGAUCUGAAACUGUAACGUUGCCUUGUAUUUUCAAUAAAGGGUGAAAAUAGAAAAAAAACCCCAACAAUAUGCAAUAUAUUUUCAGUUGACAAGGGCAUAGACAGGAAUUCCACAGAGGGAAUUCCAUCUCUAGAUUGUCUUCAGACUAGAGCUGAAUAUCCUCUAUUCCCUGGAUCUCCAGAUUGCCAGUUUCCCCCUCAGAUUUGGACUUUCUAGCCUCCACAUUUUUGCAAGUCAAUUCCUUAAAAAUCUCUCUCCCUUUCUCUCUUGUGUCUCUAUUAAGCCAAUAUUAUUGAAGGAAAAAAAUAUCAAUUUUCUCCUUCCCUGUCUAUAUAUUUGUUCUGUUAUUCUGGAGAACCCUGAUGAAUAGUCUUUGAAAACUCUCUAUGAUCAGUACAAAACUGUACAUCCCAUGUACUUUCUUAUUGGUUCUGGGGAGCAGGCUAUACUUUAUUUCAUCAAUAAUUUCAUGUCUAUAGCAAAUUUCUGGGAUCUGUACAAAGAGUUACUGAACCCAAGUUCACCUGCCAGUCACCUGAAAGACCAUUACUCAUGAAAGAAGUUUUGAUUGGAUAAGAAUUUGAGUUUUAUUUAGGAGGCUGGCAACCUGCAGAGAAAGUGGACUCUUGUCAAUUCUGAGGUUUCUGCCAAUUCUGAGGUUUCUGCCUGGCCCAGGGGUUCUUUAGAGGGUUUUAAGGUAGUUAUGAAGCAAAGGGAGUGCUGUGGCCUACAACAUUUCUUAGUUACAGGCAGACUUGAUGGUGCCAGUUACAAAUGUUAUCUCAGUGCUCGGGAGUUGUGUGAAGAGUCCGAUUCUUGGUUCAUGAUGUGUAGGAGUACUCUGUUCACUCUGCAAAGGAAGGCAAGUUCUACAGAUGAACAAAUGGAGGUCAGUAUAGUCAUUUCUAUGACGUGAAAGAAAACAGUAUGCUAAAAAAAACUGAUAGGCUUCAAACAGGCUUGCUGGCCUCUGUGGCCUGGGAAGUUCUGGCUCUUCACUCCUCAAGGUUAGUGGUCUGCAAAUCUCAAAUACAUUAGUUCUGUUACAGAUCAAGGACCUCAAGUCAGUAAGGAGUGUGUCAACUUGAAGAAACUUAACCCUUAGGACCAGCUGAAGUGGUUGCAAAUGUGCUUCUCAGGAUGCCUGGGUGGCUCAGCAGUUGAGCGUCUGCCUUUGGCUCAGGUCAUGGUCCCGGGUCUGGGGAUCAAGACCACAUCAGGCUCCCUGCAGGGAGAAUGCUUCUCACUGUCUCUGUCUCUGCCUCUCUGUGUCUCUCAUGAAUAAAUAAAAUCUUAAAAAAAAAAAACAAAAAACACCCAAAAAACCCAAAUGUGCUUCUCACUUAGAAUAAUAAACACUUCAUUUGAGGGACAUCUGCGUGGCUCAUUCGGUUAAGUGUCCUACUCUUGAUUUCAGCUCAGGUUAUCUCAGGGUCUUGAAAUCAAGACCCAUGCCAGGCUCUAUGCUUACCACAGAGUCUGCUUGAGAUUCUCUUUUCCUCUCCCUCUGUCUCUCAAAUAAAUAAAUCUUAAAAAAAUAAAUAAACACUUCAUUUGAUAAAAUAAUGAAUGAGACUGCCAAGCUUAGAAGGCAGGAAUAAUGAAGGUGUAUAAUGGUAUUAAGGUCUAAGUGUUUCUCUGGUAGAUAUAAAAGUGCUUUAAUGGUCCCUGAACAUCAGCACCUGCUCCACAUUUGUUAGGAUUUCUAAAGCAAUUGCCCCAUUCUUUGAGCACUGACAACUUGGUCUGAUCUGACUUCCAAAAUUUAAACUACAAAGCUGUGAGGUAGGGAUUCUCCCAUCACUUCCACUGAAAAUAAGAGGUGUCAGUUUAGUCCCUAAGUGUCCUUCCACAGAAACUGUAUGAUAAAGACAAGAGACGGGCAGCCCUGGGUGGCUCAGCGGUUUAGCGCCACCUCCAGCCUGGGGUGUGAUCCUGGAGUUCCGGGAUGGAGUCCCACGUCAGGUUCCCUGCAUGGGGCCUGCUUCUCCCUCUGCCUGUGUCUCUGCCGCCCCCUCUCUCUCUCUCAUGAAUAAAUAAACAAAAUUAAA